AUGGCCGCCAUCUCGUCCCAGUCCUACAGCCCCGCCGAGGAGACCGAGAUCCAGCAAUGGCUCACCACCUCUGACCGCCUCAAGUCCUCGCCCUCCGACGCCUCCAUCCUCGGCAGCCUGAACACCCACCUGUCCACCCGCACCACCCUGCUCGGCACCAAGCCCUCCAAGGCCGACGUCUCCCUCUACGAGACCCUCGCCCCCGUCGUCGCCAAGUGGUCGCCCGAGCAGCGGUCCGGCCAGGAGGGUCACCCCCAUAUCGUCCGCCACCUCGACUUCGUCCAGAACUCGCCCGUCUUCGGCCUCGACGUCAAGGAUGCCGACAAGGUCCACGUCGACCCGGAGGAGGUCCUCUACGUCAAGCCCCCCGUUGAUGCCAAGGCCGAGAAGGAGCGCUUGAAGAAGGAGAAGGCCGCUGCCGCUGCCGCCGCCGGUGGUGCUGCCACCGCCACCCUGGCAGACCGCACCAAGGGCGCUGCUGAGGCUGUCAAGGACGCUGCCGUCCAGGCCAAGGACGCCGUCGUCGCCGCUGUCGGCGCCGGUGGUGAGCAGAAGCCCAAGAAGGAGAAGAAGGAGAAGCAGCCCAAGCCCCAGAAGGCCCCCGCUGUCGCUGCCCCACCGACGCCAGCCCUGAUCGAUCUCCGCGUCGGACACAUCCUGAAGGCCAUCCAGCACCCGGACGCCGACAGCUUGUACGUGUCGACCAUUGCUAUGGGCGACAAGGAGGCCACCGACGAUUACAUCGAGUACGAAGGUCAGAUCUGCCGCACAGUCUGCUCUGGUCUCAACGGCCUUGUGCCCCUGGAGGAAAUGCAAGGACGCAAGGUGGUUGUCGUGGCCAACCUGAAGCCCGUCAAGAUGCGGGGCAUCAAGUCCUGCGCCAUGGUCCUGGCCGCGUCCCCGAAGCUCAAGGAGGGCGAGGUUGACGACCACAAGGGCCCCGUCGAGCUGGCCAGCCCGCCCGCAGACUCCAAGGCCGGCGAGCGCGUAUACUUCGAGGGCUGGGAGGGCGAGCCCGAGGGCGUGCUCAACCCCAAGAAGAAGGUCUGGGAGACUUUCCAGCCUGGUUUCACGACUACCGACAACCUGGAGGUCGCAUUCAACGCUGGCGACGUGAAGGAGACGGGCAAGACCGGUGUCGGCAAGCUCGUCACCAAGAGUGGAGGCAUAGUCACAGUCAAGAGCUUGAAGGGCGCUACUGUGCGAUAA